AUGUGUGCCGAGCGGCUGGGCCAAUUUGUGACCCUGGCUUUGGUAUUGGCCACCUUCGACCCGGCGCGGGGGACCGACGCCACCAACCCGCCGGAGGGUCCCCAAGACAGGGGCUCCCAGCAGAAAGGCCGCCUGUCCCUGCAGAACACAGCGGAAAUCCAGCACUGUUUGGUCAACGCUGGCGAUGUGGGGUGUGGUGUGUUUGAAUGUUUCGAGAACAACUCUUGUGAGAUUCGAGGCUUACAUGGGAUUUGCAUGACUUUUCUGCACAACGCUGGAAAAUUUGAUGCCCAGGGCAAGUCAUUUAUCAAAGAGGCCUUGAAGUGCAAGGCCCAUGCUCUGCGGCACAGAUUCGGCUGCAUAAGCCGGAAGUGCCCAGCCAUUAAGGAAAUGGUGUUCCAGUUACAACGGGAGUGCUACCUCAAACACGAUCUGUGCUCUGCCGCCCAGGAGAACACCCGAGUCAUGGUGGAGAUGAUUCACUUCAAGGACUUGCUGCUGCACGAACCCUACGUGGACCUGGUGAACCUACUGCUGACCUGUGGGGAGGAGGUGAAGGAGGCCAUCACCCACAGCGUUCAGGCUCAAUGUGAGCAGAACUGGGGAAGCCUGUGCUCCAUCUUGAGUUUCUGCACCUCAGCCAUCCAGAGGCCUCCCACGGUGCCCCCUGAGCGCCAGCUCCAGGUGGACAGAGCCAAGCUCUCUAGGGCCCACCACGGAGACACAGGUCACCACCUCUCGGAAGCCAGUAGUCGGGAGACAGGCCGAGGUGUCAAGGGUGAGCGAGGUAGCAAAAGCCACCCAAACGCUCAUCCCCGGGGCAGAGCAGCCGGCCACGGGGGCCAGGGAACUUCUGGAAGCAGCGAGUGGGAGGAGGAACAGUCUGAAUACUCCGAUAUCCGGAGGUGA